CCCGCGCACUAAAAGCGCCGCGCUCGCCGCCCAGCCGCACUCCGCCGCUGCCGCCAGCUCUGCCGCGUAGCUCCGUUCCGCCGCCGGCCCCACCGCCGCCACCAUGCCCAUGUUCGCCAUUCACACCAACGUCUGCAAGGACGCCGUGCCCGAAAGCUUGCUGGGCGACCUCACCCAGCAGCUGGCCAAGGCCACCGGGAAGCCCGCGCAGUACAUCGCUGUGCACAUCAUACCUGAUCAGAUGAUGUCCUUCGGGGGCUCCACCGACCCCUGCGCGCUCUGCAGCCUCUACAGCAUCGGCAAAAUCGGGGGGCAGCAGAACAAGAGUUACACCAAGCUCCUGUGUGAUCUGAUCUCCAAGCACUUGCACGUAUCUGCAGACAGGGUGUACAUCAACUACUUUGACAUGAACGCUGCCAACGUGGGCUGGAAUGGCUCCACCUUUGCAUAGAGCUCUCCUGUCUGAAGAUGCUGCUCCUGGACCCACCCUCAUCCUGUCCCUCAGCAGAGACCACUGCACAGAUGUCCCUGUGUUGCAUUUUGUGCACUCUCACAGAUCGAUGGCUCUUUACUAGUGUGUUUAAAUAUUGCUGCUUCAACAUUCCUGUUUUCUCUGUAUAGAAAACAAAUAAAGAUUUAGAAGUAA